CGUGUGUCGCGGUGUGUCGGCGCAGCACGAAUUCAGUCGUUUGUCGAAACCUGCUUUCCGAUCUCCUCUUCUCGCUUUUACGCAACGGCACACUCGCGAGUGAGACGUGGUGGAGAAGUACGACGUAGAGAGCAGACGAUACGCGCGCACGGUAUACACGUCCACACCUACAUAUACGUGGACACCCACAUCAUUCUUCACACCGACACUCUUGAAUCGUGUAUAGUGAUAAUUUCCUCUCCCGAUCGCGCGGUGGGAAAAUCGUCGACGGCCGGCUGGAAGUGAUCUCGGUGAGCAGGAAAGUGACGAGGAGGAACCGCGGUCGUUUUGUCACGAAAUUCGUUAGAGAAAUGGAAGGUUUCUGGAUCUACGGCGCGAUCCACGCGAUCAAGGCUCUGUCGUACGUGUACGACUUGCUGACCUUCCCCGUGUAUCUCAUACUUCAGCGACCAUGGGAGAAGCGUAAGGCCUCCAGGAGGAUCAAGGCCCGUCCAAUCUCCAAAUAUGAUAACCAGAUCACUUACAGAAGCGUCGAUUCUCCCAAAUCGAUGCACAUCAUGCUCGAACGUGAAAAGGUUGAUACUCUGGAAAAGGUACUUCUUUGCGUUGUCAAAAUGUACGGCGAUAAGAAGUGUCUUGGUACCAGACAAAUCUUAGCAGAGGAAGAUGAGCCUCAACCUAAUGGCAGAAUCUUUAAAAAGUAUAAAAUGGGAGAGUACAAAUGGAAGUCAUUUAGCGAAGUCGAAAAGUUGGCCUCUUCCUUCGGCCGAGGUUUAGUAGAACUCGGUAUGAAGCCACGUAAUAAUAUUGUUAUCUUCGCCGAGACGAGAGCGGAAUGGAUGAUAGCAGCACAUGGAUGUUUCAAACAGAAUUUCACCGUGGUGACGAUAUACGCGACUUUAGGCGAUGAGGCUAUUGCUCAUGGUAUCAACGAAACCGAAGUAGAUACUGUCAUUACUAGCCAUGAACUUCUGCCAAAAUUCAAGCGUCUACUAAAUAUGAUACCGGAAGUAAAGAAAAUUAUCUAUAUGGAAGAUCAACUCAAACCGACUAGCACCAAAGGUUACAAGGAUGGAGUGCAAUUGUUACCCUUCGCCGAUGUUAUCAAAAUGGGCAAUAAGUCAACUGCGAGUGCUAACUCACCAAAAAAUGGUGAUACCGCUAUAAUCAUGUAUACGUCUGGUUCGACGGGAGUGCCGAAAGGUGUCCUUCUCUCUCACAAAAAUAUCAUUAGCACUCUAAAAGCAUUUUCCGAUGCUGUAGAGAUUAGAUCAGACGACGUUUUUCUCGGUUUCUUGCCAUUGGCCCAUGUCUUCGAACUGUUGGCCGAAAGUGUAUGUCUUUUAACUGGAGUGCCCAUCGGUUAUAGCUCACCGCUUACACUGAUUGAUUCGAGUAGUAAGAUUCAGAGGGGAUCGAAGGGUGAUGCUUCUGUCCUACAUCCAACUUGCUUAACUGCAGUACCGCUUAUUCUCGAUCGAAUUUCCAAAGGAAUAAACGAAAAAGUGAAGAAAUCUGGUCCAUUUAGACAAGCUAUUUUUAAUUUUGCAUAUGAAUACAAACUGAAAUGGACGAAACGAGGCUAUGAAACGCCUCUUUUCGACAAGUAUAUCUUCGGAGCCGCGAAGCAAGUACUUGGCGGUCGAGUUAGACUUGUGCUCUCUGGAGGCGCUCCGCUCAGCCCAGAUACUCAUAAUCAAGUGAAACUUUGUCUAUGCGUCACUGUAACUCAAGGAUAUGGACUCACAGAAACGACUUCUUGCGCAACCGUUAUGGACACGUACGAUAGAACUACCGGAAGAGUUGGAGCACCUACUACGGUUUGCGAUAUCCGGUUAGAGAAUUGGGAGGAAGCUGGUUAUCGAGUCAAAGAUCAUCCACAUCCCAGAGGAGAAAUCGUGAUCGGUGGAGAUAUAGUUUCUGCGGGUUACUAUAAAUUGCCGGAUAAAACGAAGGAAGACUUUUUCCAAGAGGAUGGCAGACAAUGGUUCCGAACAGGUGAUAUCGGCGAAAUUCAUGCAGAUGGUUCUAUCAAAAUUAUUGAUCGAAAGAAGGACUUGGUUAAAUUACAACUCGGCGAGUACGUUUCUUUGGGUAAAGUUGAGGCCGAAUUAAAGACUUGUCCUGUCGUAGAAAACGUAUGUGUCUAUGGCGAUGCGAAUAAAGCGUACACAGUGGCAUUGGUUGUACCUAACCAGCAUUAUUUAGAAGAAAUUGCUAGUAAUUUAGGCAUAUUUGGAAAGAAUCUCGAGGAACUUUGUAACAAUCCACAGAUCGAGAAAGCGGUACUUCAAGAACUUGUUGAGCAAGCGAGGAAAUGUAAGCUCCAAAGGUUUGAAAUACCCGGUGCGGUGAAGUUGUGUGCAGAACAAUGGUCACCCGAUAUGGGUCUGGUCACUGCGGCAUUCAAACUCAAGAGGAAAGUUCCGCCAUAG